AUGAGUGAGAUAUCAGAAGUCCAUGGCACGGGUCUGCGCGCCGGCGGGGGGAGGAGAAAGUCGAGGGCCGACGCCGGGACUGAGUUCCGCGGUGUGUCUAGCCGACCGGGCGGCAAGUUCGGGGCGAAGAUCACCGAUUCCACGGGGAAACGUCAGACAUGGCUCGGCACCUUCGGCACCGCCGAGGCCGCGGCCAGAGCAUACGACGACGCUGCCGUCAAGAUGCAUGGCGCGGCGGCCAGAACCAACUUCAGGCAGCCCGCGGCUGUUGACGACGGCUGCGUACCCUCGCUCCCGACCGAGCCGUCCGGCCACGACGGCCGAACCAAGUUCCGCGGCGUAUGCCGGCAAUCUACCGGCAAGUUCGGGGCGAGGAUCAGCAAGGGAAGAGCUGAGACGUGGCUCGGCACUUUCGACACCGCAGACGAGGCCGCCAGAGCGUACGACGCCGCGGCCGUCAGGAUGUUCGGCGCGGGGGCAAUUACCAAUUUCGAGCAGCCCGCCGCCAUUGACGACGAUGGCGUGUCAUCGCUCGUACCCGAGCCGUCUGGCCAGUGCUUGCACCGUCACCCUAGGGGCGGCCAGUACAUUCCGCAGGUAUGCGACUGGAAGGGGAAAGCUGCGCUGUCGCUGGUCGACCUGCCGGCGGCGGAGUGGCAGCAGGUGGACGACUUGCUGAAAGACGUGGAGUCCAGACAUGCUCAGGACAGGGACAUGCUGAUUGAAGCUGCUGCAAUUCUUCGGCACAUUUCGCUAGCUGGCCAUGGAGAUGGCGGGAAAUGA